AUGAAGCUCAGGCCGCUCUCCUUCACGCGGUGCGCGCCGUCGCCGCUGGGGUGCGUGGGCUUGGGUGGCGGGAGGAGGAGGACGGUGCUCGUGGCACUGCGCCGGGACGCCGCCGGCAGGGAGCUGCUCACCUGGGCUCUCGUCAAGGCCGCCGCCGCCGGCGACCGCGUCGUCGCGAUCCACGUCGCCGUCACCCACGCCGCCGCGGCGCCGGGAGAAAUGGCGGCGGAGGAGAAGGUGAGGGCCAGCGACUCGCUCGCCUCCGUGCUCGGCGCGUACAGGGGCUACUGCGACCGCAACCAGAUCGACCUGGAGCUCAGGGUCUGCGAGGGGCCGUCCAUCAAGAGGGCCCUGGUCGCCGAGGCCACCUCAUCCGGCGCCGCGCACCUCAUCCUCGGCGUCACCAAGAGCUCCAGGCCUUCCGGAUCGUCCGCCACCGCCGUCGCGAGGUACUGCGCCAAGAGGGUGCCGCCAAGCUGCAUGGUCACCGCGGUCAGCAACGGCGCCGUCGUCUACCGCAGGGACGCCGUGCAGCAGCAGCUGCUCAGCCCCUACAGCGCAAGUACGCCGCUCACGCCGCGGCGGCUGUACCGGAAGAUACUCGACGCGAGGAUGACGACGGGAGACAAGUCCCAGGACGACAUGGUAAUCGGCGACGGACGGGCACUGCGCCGGAACAUGUCCGUGGCGAUGAGCGCCCUGGUCUCGCCGAGGGUGACUCUAGCGCCGGGUCCGGUGAGGUGUCACGGGGUGGAGUCGCCGAAGCUGGCCGCCGGCUGGCCUCUCCUAAAGAAGGACAGCAUGCCGACCUUGCCGGAAUCGUCAGAGAUCUCUGUGGUUCAGUGGGCGAUGCAGCUCCCCACUAGGUGUUCAGAGGUUUAUUCAGACAAGAUUUCCGAUGAAGGGGAAGAGGAGAAGCAACUCCCAGAGGAGCUGGUUUCACUCAGAGAGAAGUACUCAUCCAAGUACAGAAUGUUCAGUUACCGAGAGCUAGCCAAGAUCACCAAUGGCUUCUCUCCAGAACGACUAGUCGGGAAAGGUGGUGCGGGCCGGGUUUACAGGGGCUGUACUGACGAUGGCAAGGAGCUUGCAGUGAAGGUCCUGAAAUCUUCGGACGACGUCACCAAGGAUUUCAUCUCGGAGAUCGAGAUCCUCAGCUGCGUUGAGCACAAGAACGCCAUGUCCCUCAUCGGGCUCUGCAUCGACGGCGGCAAGCUCAUGCUCGUGUACGACUACAUGCCGCGAGGAAGCCUGGAGGAGAUGCUGCACGGCGAGAAGAAAGGCAAGGGCGCGUUGGGCUGGCCGGAGAGGUUCAAGGUAGCCAUCGGCGUCGCGCGCGCCCUGGAGUCCAUCCACGGCGGCGGCGACCACCGCCCGGUCAUCCACAGGGACAUCAAGUCCUCGAACAUCCUCGUCUCUGACGACUUCGAACCGAAGCUGUGUGACUUCGGCCUCGCGAUGUGGGCAGACGAAGCGGCGGCGCAGGUCACCGGCGAUGACGUCGCCGGAACAUUCGGAUACCUAGCUCCGGAGUACUUCAUGCACGGCAAGAUGAGCGACAAGCUCGACGUGUACGCGUUCGGUGUGGUCCUCCUCGAGCUCAUCUCCGGGAGGAAGCCGGUGAGUGCCGGCGGGCCCAAGGGCAAGGAGAGCCUCGUGAUGUGGGCGAGCUCCGUCAUACAAGAAGGCAAGCUCAUGGAUCUCGUCGACCCGAGCCUGCCGCUGGCCGACGGCGAGGUCGAGCGGACGGCCCUCGCCGCCGCCCUCUGCAUCCGGCGAGCGCAUCAACACCGGCCGAGCAUGAGCAACGUGGUGAAGCUGCUCACCGGCGACGACGACGCCGUCGGGUGGGCGAAGUCGCAGGUCGGCGUGCCAGGCGACAACGACCACAAUGGCUGCGGCGUGGCGACUUCGCCGGACAAGAAGGACAUCCAGUCGUACAUCAACCUCGUGCUGCGUGACGUCAUCGACGACGACGCCUCGUCCGUCGGCAGCGCCGACUUCAUCGGCGCCAACAUGUCCUUGGAGGAGUACCUGAAGGGGAGAUGGAGCCGGUCCUCCAGCUUCGAUGGCUGAAGGCUCCACCAGGGUGGCGAUCGCCAUUUUUGUGUGCAUAGAUCAUUCUUUUCAUUCAUUGUAUUUUAGCAACAGAUUAAUUACUGUAUAUUAAGGAGUACGUUUUUCUCUUUGCUUGUUAGAUGGGAGGUUGCACAUGAAAAUAUUCAAAAGCAAUGCAAUCCUACAGUUUUGACCUAGCAACUAUCUCCUCCAUCAAGAUUCAUGAAAGAUUUAGAAUUUUCACCAGACGAUG